AUGAUCGACCUCCGUGAAAACGACAUUGCUGCAGUGGCCGAAGACGCCUUCCGCCCCAUCCUCGAAGUCCUUACCCGGGGACAAGGCGUCCUCGCCGUGGAGAACAAUCCCGUCGGCUGCGAUUGCAACUUGGCCUGGCUGAUUCUGGAUCGGAGGCUCCUCGGGUCCGUCUCUGGGCGGUGCGAGAACGGAACGAGGUUCUCCGACCUGGAUCCGGACGCCCUGAGAGAAUGUCCGCGUCGAUGCCCCUACCGUUGCGUCCCGGCCGAGCUCAGGUCUCUCUGCGCCCCGGGCACGCUCACGCCGUCGAGCGCGAGCGACUGCCGCCGCGACGAGUUCUGCUGCCAGGCGGAAUCUCGCCCGGCGGAUGGGACGACCUCCGCGAACGCCGUCGCAGCGAGCGCUUCCUGUCUCGCUUCCGGCUUCUCCUGCAUCCAUCGGGAUCGCGCGGGACUGUGCCCUUCGGGGGGCUUGCUGCCCCUCGCCUGUUUCUCGGAGACUCAACGCUGCUGUAACCCUGCCAAGCCUGGUGAAACACGGUCGACUUCGGGCGCUCAACACCCGGACGAGAAGGUGUACGACCGAGUCCCCGGCGUGAAUGCAAGAAUUCUUCAUCCAAUCUUGGAAGUACCAGAAGUACCGGAAGUACCCGGUGGGGUCGGACUCACCUGCGACCGUUUAUGCUCCAGGGAAGUCCAUUGCAAAAUGUUCUCUCUGGAGACGGAGCCGGGGAAGGAGCCGGGGAAGGAGCCGGGGAAGGAGCCGGGGACGGGGAAUCGAACGUGUCGGCUCGGAGGCGCGAAUUCCCGGAUCGAGAUUGACGUCCCUGGCGCCGACCUCCACUACGACCGCGCCCUCGUGCCGGGGAGGUACGCCUUCGCGAUGGUGACGGCCGAGAACAUCCACUUCCUGCGGAAGAUGCAGGGCUCCCACACGUUCGCGGCGGCGAAGGGCCUGUGCGAGGGCGAUGGCAGGGGUCGGCUGGUGGAGGACGACCGCGGUCGGGCGUGGCACGACCUCAUCGUUAACCGGAUGGAGUCGCAAAACUCCUGGCUCGGGGCCGACGACGUCGACGAGGACGGGGUUUACACCUGGGCCGACGGCACGACCGUCUCGAAUUCCUCGCUCUACUGGUGCUUGGACCAACCCGACUUUCAUGACGUGAAUGGGGCGACAGAGCGAUGCUCCGAACUGGUGAUCGAUCUGGAGACGCGCUCGCUCACUGGAGGAACGUACACGUUUCGAUCGAGGCUGAAUCCCGGGGAACCGUGCUGGAAUGAUCCGCGCCGCAGCCUCAUCGAGCCUGAGGCCUUCCUCCCUCUCGGUCGUCUUCGGCCUUCCUCCCUCUCGGUCGUGGUGGUGCCGUGGGAAGACGUCUGCGCUGCUCUCUCUCAUGCUGCGAAUGCACGCCUAGCAUCUGGAUUCUCCAAAUGGAUUCCUGUCGCCGUCGUAUUCGUCUCCCUGAUCCUCGCCGCGCUCGCGUCCGCGGGCGAGCGCCCGCGGACGAUCGCGGGCGGAGCGUGCCCCGCGGCGGACAUCGCACCCUGCUCCUGCGACCCGCUCGGGGUCCCGACGGUGCGGUGCGACGACGCCGCGAGCGGCGCGGAGAUUUCCGCGGCGCUGGGGACUGCCGUGUGGCCUUCGCCGUUCCCGAUGUUCCGACUCGAGAACAACGCGGCGGUGAAGGAGCUGCAGAAAGGAGUCUUCGGGGGCGCGGCCUUCGACCGGAUGCGGAUCGCGAACACGAGCCUGGAGCGGGUGCAUCCGUCGGCGGUCCUGUCCUCGCGGGAUAGCCUGCGGGAGAUCAGGAUCGAGGCGAGCCGCCUGGCGGGAUUCCCGUUCGAGGUCCUGCCGAAGAUGCGCCGCCUCGCGCGCCUGACGAUCGCGGGCGCCUCGCUGAAGUCGGUCCCAGGCCUUCGGUCGGCCGGCCUCGUCUCCCUCGACCUGGAACGGAACGGCAUCGAGAGACUCGAUGCCCGCGGAUGGCACACCCCAAACUUGGUCGAUUUGGAACUCGGUCACAAUCCUCUCUCGGAGUUCCCCUCCAAGGUGAUCGAGGCUCUCCCGAGACUGGAGGUCUUCCGCUGCGACGCGUGCGGCGGGCUAGGGCCCACGCUCGGGACCGGGGUGUUGGCCUUUCGGAGCGAGGCCUUGGGAACGGUGCGGUUGCGGGGUUGCGGGAUCUCGACCGUGCGACCUGGAGCCAUCACAGGGAAUCCCAUCGGGUGCGACUGCGGGUUGGCCUGGUUGGGUCGCGAGCCCGAGCUGCUGAGGAGCGUCGGCGGGGCGUGCGAGAACGGAACCGGGUUCCCGGGGCGUUGUCCCUGCGCGCCCGGGCCGACGGCGACGACGGACGAUUGCCGGGCCGACGAGGCCUGCUGUCGGCCGAAAACCCGCAUGAGGAGGAGCUCCGAAAACGAGGGUAACCCGUGCCAGGAAGCCGGAUUUUCUUGCGUUCCGGAGGAACACUUGGGGAACUGCGUCGCCAGGAAACCCUCUCUCUCGUGUCCUGUCGAGGCUCACCACUGCUGCACCUUUGUCGCAAACCCCGAACAAUUCACUGCCCAUGCUGACGAAGAGCCUGGAUGCGGACGACUGCACGCCAUUCCAAACGGGUAUUUCAACAUAAAAGCGUGCGGGAAAUCGCAUCCGGACCUAGAGGGCGGAAACAAAACGGAAUGCAUCAAAAACGAGAAAUACGCGAGCGGAAGCAUCGUGAAAUACGGUUGCGAGAAAUACUACGAGCUGAAAGGCGAUCCGUAUCGGAGCUGCCACGGAGGGCAUUGGUCCGAGGAACGGCCCCGCUGCGUGCCAGUGUGCGGGGUGAAGGACGACAAGGAGCAGCUGAUCGGGGCGGGGGGGCGGGAGUCGAGCGCCGGCGCCUGGCCGUGGCAGGCGGCCGUCAGCGUGGACGGGGAUGUCGUCUGCGGGGGGGCGGUCGUCAGGGUGCAGUGGGUGCUCACGGCCGCGCAUUGCGUCGCCGUUGGGGGGACCGCGAGGCCGAGGGACCCGGCGGGGAUCGGGGUCUAUCUCGGGAAGCAUUACAGGAAUGAUUCGAGGAACGACGAGUUCGUGCAGUUUCAGCAGGUCGGCGAGAUGUCGCCGCUGUCGUCAGUCGAACCGGUUGUCCUCUCGCGAUCGAGUGAAAUCUGUUUGCGAUUCCUGUUCCAGGUGGACGCCGUCAUCGUGCACGAGGACUUCAACGUGUUCAACCUCGACUCGGACAUCGCCCUGCUGCACCUGGCCAAGCCCGUCAAGCUGACGAAGCAGGUGCAGCUGGCGUGUCUCCCGGACGAUUCCGAGGUGAACCUCGAGCCGAAGACGAAAGGGACGGUGGCCGGCUGGGGCGAGGACGACUCGGACGACCCCUCGGACGUCCUCGUGGAGGUCGAGCUCCCGGUCGUCUCCAACGCCGACUGUCGACGGGUCACGACACACGUCGAGGGGACGAAGAACGUUGUACUCAACGGGAACAUGUUCUGCGCCGGUUACGAUCACACCACUUCUCCCGACGCUUACCGCACGGUGUGCAAGGGCGACUCCGGGAGUCCCAUGGUCUUCCCGUCCCGCGCCUUCCCGGACACCCGCUGGACCGUGGAGGGGAUCGUGAGCCACUUCUACGGCGAGAAGGUUUGCUCCAGGAGGAGGCCGGGGCUGCUCGGCGUCUUCACCAAAGUCAGCCGAUUCGUGAAUUGGAUCAGGUGGAUCCAGGCCUCUCACGCGCCCGUUCGGGUGACCCGACCGCCGCCGACUCCGGCAUCCGCCAAACCGCCGACGCCCCCGCCAUCCCCCGAAAAGCCGACGCCCCCGCCGAUCCCCAGGGGGAUGUUCUACGAUCGCGUCCACAACGUGAGCGCCAGGAUCAUCGACCCGAUUCGGGUGGAGGCCUUGAGCGUCGACCCCUGCGACCAGUCAUGCGCAAGGGAACCAGAAUGCAAAAUGUUCUCUCUGGAGACUGAUCCAAAAACUGGGAUGAAAACGUGUCGGCUCGGAGGCAAGGAGUCCAAAUUCGAGGUGGAAGACUCCGAUGGCACCUCUGUCCUUUAUUACGACCGUGCCCUCGUCCCCAAACGCUACUCCUUCGCCAUGGUGACGAAAAAUCACAUUCACUUCUUGCGGAAUCUGCAAGGGCUCCACUCGUUCGGCGCGGCGACUGAUCAAUGUAGGGUCGACGUCGGCGGCGAUGUGGUCAUGGACAACCAGGGGCAGGACUGGCACGAACGCAUCGCUCGGCACAUGGGGAUCGAGGAUUCCUGGCUCGGGGCCGACGACAUCGACGAGGACGGGAUCUACACCUGGGUCGACGGUUCGAUCAUGGAGACCGCGUCUCUCUACUGGUGCGACGGCCAGCCGGAUUUCCACUUCUGGAAGGGCGAGACGGAGCGGUGCCCCGAGCUCGUGAUCAACGCCGUGAGGCCCGGGUUCGACGGCGGGACGUACAGGCUCCGAUCCAAGCUGAAGCCCAGGGAGCCGUAUCCGUGCUGGAACGACGUGACGUGCGACUCGGUGAGGGGCGUGCUCUGCGAGGUCAGGAUCCCCUGAAAUGUGUUAAGAUCGGUGAAACAUUUUUUUCCUUCUUCAAAUCCAUGGAACUUCCGCGUUAGUGCUAUUGAUGUGUCAAAGGAAAACAAAAAAUAAUCGAAUUUUCAUAGUUCUAAAAAUAAAUGCUUUCCCGGUUUCGUGAAAUCCUCACUUCCUGUUUACUAAUUACCCAUAUUACGUCUCAGCCCCAUUUAAAUGAAAUCAGUCAUUUUACUACUGAAGUCAUUUUGCAUCCAUUUUCCAUUGAUAUCCAAGUUUCGGUACCGCCAAGCCAAUGGACUUUUUUUUUCCAUUCUUCGCCAUCCUUCUUCCCUCGUGGCAAUUUGUUUGUCUGACAGCGAAUUCUAUUAAUAGAUGGCAGGGCUGCAGCUCGAUCCUUUCACGACCCGUUCUUUCACGCAUAACUCCAUAACUUCUGCACCGAUUGCCUAUUUAAAAAAUUAUUAAGCUAGAUCUCCUCUAAAACUAUUGGCGACGGCAAAAACCACGACCUAGUCCGCUGGUGUUGCAAUUCUUUUGACCCAUACUGUAGUGUGUCGCCAUUAUUGAUUAUUAUCCUUACCAGCGCAACAUAACAUUCAACAUAACGGGGCUAGAAGUAGCGUCAGCUUCUGAGACGCUUUCUCACUUCAUUCCCGCAGUCAUUCGCCGAGUCACGUACGUCUACGUUCAUGUGAUAUUUUAUUAUCACCCGUGUAAAAUUUUUAUAAAUAAAUGCCUCGGUGUCCC